AUGAAGGGCCCGAUUUUGAAAAUCUUCCUUUUCGCUGUGCUUUGCCAAUGCGCACUGUUGGCCUCAAAGGGAAUAGGAACCCCACCCUUUGCAAAGGGAGAGACUCACCAGCCUGGUGACUUGAACAUAGACCUGUCGUACGAUGACAAAAAGCAAAAAGCGUUCAAGUUACAUUUAAAAGGGGACACGGCAGCCUUGGACACUCCUUUAAUUAUUCUCCAGCCAACGGAGGAUGUCCUGCCAGGUGAAUUGUAUAAAAAAUAUUUGGAUGAAGUGGAUGACCCUUCAAACAUUUGUAACUUUAAAAAUGGAGAACAAUUUGUUCGCAGAGAAUUACAAUUGGAAGGCUCUUAA